AUGUCAUUUCUCAAGCCUGCCACGACGGCACUCCUCCGUCGAGCCGCUCCACCGUUGGCCGGUCCCUCGCGUCUGCCGCCCCUCGUUUCUCGGUCCGCCCUUGCCUCUUGCGCGUUUAGCACAACGAGCCCAUGUGCCGUAACAUACCGGCAAGUAGCACGAGGUGCUCGCAAGCCGCAUCGCCCUCCUGUCAACCGUACUCCAGCGCUGGAAGGUGCGCCAUUCGUAAAGGGCGUCUGCAACCGAAUCUUCACCACCAAGCCAAAGAAGCCAAAUUCGGCCAUUCGAAAAGUGGCCCGAGUGAAGCUGUCGAACGGGAGAAUCGUCACCGCAUAUAUCCCUGGCGAGGGGCACAAUCUGCAAGAGCACAGUGUUGUGCUCAUGAGGGGUGGCAGAGUGCAGGACGUGCCAGGUGUCAGAUAUCAUCUCGUCAGAGGUGCGCUUGACUUUGGUGGCGUAGCCAACCGCACGACAUCAAGAUCUAAAUACGGCACAAAGAAACCGAAAGCCGCUGCAUAGAACAGUGUAAUGUAUGCAUUCUUUCAAGAUGAUAUCUGUGUCUGAAGACGAUU